AUGGCACGUCUAUGCGGCGAGACACGAAGCAACGAAUAUUUCGUUGGUUUGCCUCGUUUUGCUUUAAUCCAACAGCGCAUAAACUACGCUAUGAAAUAUUAUAGUAUGAUAAAAAAAGCCCACGCGUGCCUCGCGCUGGCGCUUCUGGCAUUGGUGGCGCGAGGCGAGUCUACCCCGCCCCCUUUUGUGACGUCACCCUCGGUGGCACCGCCGUGCCGCCUAUCGGAACUGGCCUGCGACAACGGCCGCUGCGUGGCGCUGUCCAGGUACUGCGACGGCAGCGAUGACUGCGGCGAUGGCUCGGACGAGCCCAUCGGAUGCUCAAACUGCAACCGUACGCUGUUCGGCGAAGUGGGCGGCAAGAACCCGCUGCGCAUUGCGGAGCCCUUCCAGAGAAACCUGCCCUUCGUGUGCAGUCUCUACUUCGUCGCGGCCGGGGGAGAGUUCGGGGACAUCGUGGAGCUCACCUUCCUCAACUUCCAAGUGGGCUCUCUGGAGAUGGACAGGAACCAGUCGGCCAUCUGCUUCAACGGCUACCUCCAAAUCGUAGAACCAGCCACAUCUUCCCCGGUUGCCCGAACUCCGCAGACCAGAGGCUUCAGCCAGAUCCUGUCGGCGGUGCGAGGGGAACCCGCCAACCCUCACCUGACGUCCUUCUACGACGGCAACGCCGGCGAACCAGAUUUCGGUCACUUCUGCGGCGACAUGGUCAACAACAACCCAAACAACGACAACAACGCCGGCGGUCGGAGUGGAUCUGGAGCCACCUUUUUCUCCGACCGCAACAAUGUGACCCUCGUGGUGGCCGUUCCCAGCAGGGCAUCUCUGCACGCGUUCAGCUUCAACCUGUACCUCACGUACAGGUUUCAUCCCAAGAGGCCGUCCAGGACGCGGUACGGGACGACCGAAAGUCCUAACGACCUGGGGAACGCGACGCCCGGAACGUACUGCGAUAGGGUCUUCGAGAACUGCGACCGCAAGCGUUGCAAGAUCAGGUCGCCCAACUUUCCGGGAUUCUAUUUAAGAAACUUCACAUGCACCUUCACGGUGAGGCAAAUGGCGGCACCCCCUGGGAAGCAAGCUCAGAUCGUCCUGUUUCAGGACAACGAAUACAAGAUAUCGAUUUACACUGGAAGAAGCACAGUAACAACAUUCUCCCAGCGCAGCCUCACUGUCGACUGCCUGGGCGACGUGGUGCGAAUCUACGACGGACCCAGCAGCCAAAUAUCGCCGCUUCUCUCGCAGUUCUGCGGGACAGGCGUCCUACCGGAAGUGGUCUCCAGCGGACCGGAAGCAACAGUAGUCUUGCGCAGUGCUCCGGCGCAGCAGAUGCACAGUUCGAGGGUGGAACUAAGCGUAGCCGUUCGGUUUGUGGACGUGGACGAGUUUAAAGUCGGCAAAGGUCGCUGCGACUUCAGCAUUGACGGGAAGGCGGAAAGACGCGGACUCAUCAAGACACCGAGUCAUACCAUGCCGCCAAACACAACGUGUAAAUACCGAUUCAUAGGUCGCUCCCCCAGCGACCGAGUGUGGAUCUAUUUCCUUUCGUACUUCGUCGAGGACAAGCAUAGGUGGGCGACGGAAGAGAAGUGUGACGUAUCCAGCGUGGAAAUUGUCGAUGCCAUAGGUCCUGGUAAGCUUAUCGGUGGUACAAACUCAACAGACUUUAGUUCUGGUACAAACAACGGAACGGUGACUUCUGUAGCUGACGAUGCCGGGAGGACAUUUCGGUUCUGCGAAAAGAACUGGCCUCGAAUCUGCGCAAGGGCGGCCGAAUAUCCGCAGUUUAUUCCGCUGCGGCCCUGCCGCCACCCAGACGAAUCUUACUUGUCUUCAGGACCCGAACUCCUACUUCAGCAACAUUUCUUCAAGACAGUCGAACUUCCGGUACGCCGUAGCACCUUCGCUGCAAGAUACGAGUUUGUCGACACCGAACAGCAAGGCGCCGACAUGGGACCCAGACAUGGGCCGUGCCAUCGCCACUUCCAGAGCAGCAGUUCCAAAUUCGGCAUCGUUUCUUCACCAAAAAACGUGUUCCUCUACGGUCGCGGCGGUCGCGAGAAUGUCACCUGUUCUUAUUACUACUCAGGCAUGUCCUCCGAGAAGCUCCGAAUUUACCUGGUCACGCUGAACCUGCCCACUUCUGGCUGUGAACACUACUACGACCAAGUGACCCAACGAUACAACUGCCGCGUCACCGGUAGACCUUCAAGUCGGCUCUCACUCCUUCAUGUCAUGGAUCAUUGGGGCGACACGUACACUCCCAUCGGAUGUUUCUGCAACGUUACGUCGCAACCCCGCAAGCCCAUCCUCAUCGAAUCCGUGGGCAACAACGUGACCCUGACCUUCACCAUCAGCGGGAUGACCUCUCUGGAAGACUUCAACAACUACGGCUUCGAAGUGACGUACGAGUUCCGGCCGGCCACCUCCUGCGACACUGGAAUGGAGCUUCGUAACGGCUCGCAAGGCGAGCUCCUUUUCUUGGCGCCUUCAAGCGUGGCUGACCAGGAGCUGCCACUGAGAUGCCGCUGGUUCAUCGAAGCCUCGCCGCGGAAGUACCUCUACCUUAAAUUCCAAGGUCGAGACGGCUCCAGAGGGUGCCCGGACACCGGCAACCGAUUCGUCGUGUACGCGGAUGGCAUCAUGCAGCCCGUGGCCGUCGUCUGUUCUGGAGGCAUUCACGAGGAAACGUCGCUGUCCUCGUCCACGGACUUCGACAUCUUCUCGGCCUCCUGGUACAACGAGACGUCUGAACGCGGACAUCACGCACUCGCAGACCGCGUGGUCAUCGAAGUGGUCGCGUUCCGGUCUGGUCAGUUCAGGCUACGCUGGCUGGAGGUCACCAGGCCGUUCCUCAAGACCUCCUCUGGACUCACGCUCCGCAACGUGAACUGCCUCUACGAGUGUCCAGAGCUCAGCGCGUGCAUCUCUCCAGAACUAUGGUGCGAUGGCACGGUUCACUGCCCGUCUGGACACGACGAGAAGCCAGAACACUGUCGAAAGUUCCCCACCUUCUACGUCGCCCUCGGAGCCGGAGCUGGAUUUGUCGUUGUCUGCGUGAGUCUCGCGGCUGUCUUGGUAUGGUGCCAUAAGAAAGACAAGACAAAGGAACCGAGACCGGCGCCCACGGACGACCUUCAGUUGGAGAGUCCAAACAGCUGA